AUGUUUCGUUUUCCAGUGAGUCUUGGAGGUCAAGGUGACAAUUUGAAGCAGACACAACCAUUGGAUGAGCAGCAUCAUCGGCCGAUGAUGGAUGAGGUUGACUUUUUCAGGUCGGAGAAGAGAGAUGAUCAGAAUGUCAUCACCGAGGAGACUCAUAACCUUCAUGUGAAAAGGGAGAAUUCACGUGUUGACGAUGAUGAUGAUCGCUCCAUGGGUAUCAAUACUGGACUUAAUCUUCUCACCGCGAAUACGGGAAGCGACGAGUCAUUAGUGGAUGAUGGAUUGUCUGUUGAUAUGGAGGAGAAACGUGCAAAGAUUGAGAAUGCACAACUUCGAGAAGAGCUAAAUAAGUCGAAUGAAGAGAAUCAAAGACUAAAGGAGAUGUUAAGUCAAACAACCAACAACUUCAACUCCUUGCAGAUGCAACUUGUUGCUGUCAUGAGACAACAAGAAGAUCAUCAUCACUUGGCUAGCAAAGACAAACCCACUAACCGACAUGAAGCUCCUGAAAUGGUUCCAAGACAGUUCAUCGAUUUGGGAGUACCAUCUGCUGAAAUAUCAUCCCAUGAGAGGACAACGGUUCGGUCAAGAUCUCCGCCAACGCUUCUAGAGGACUCUAGCUCAAGUCAGCGCGCAAAAAGAGUACUUGAGAUAGAAGAAAGCCCAGAGAACGAAUCUAACGGCUGGGGAAACCCUAGCAAAGUUUCCAAACACAACGCCUCCUCCAGCAAUGGCAAUGGAAAUGCUAUCGAUCAAUCGGCCGCUGAAGCCACCAUGCGUAAAGCCCGCGUCUCGGUCCGUGCUCGGUCCGAAGCUCCCAUGUUAAGCGAUGGAUGUCAGUGGAGAAAAUACGGACAGAAAAUGGCAAAAGGAAAUCCGUGCCCUCGAGCUUAUUACCGCUGCACAAUGGCCGUUGGAUGUCCCGUUCGCAAGCAAGUGCAACGUUGCGCAGAAGACAGAUCCAUUCUCAUAACAACAUACGAAGGGAACCACAACCAUCCAUUACCUCCGGCAGCUAUGUACAUGGCUUCAACCACAACCGCAGCCGCAAGCAUGCUCCUCUCAGGCUCCACAAUGUCAAGCCAAGACGGCUCAAUGAACCCAACAAACCUCUUCGCUCGAACCAUGUUGCCUUGUUCCUCAAGCAUGGCCACGAUCUCAGCCUCUGCACCAUUCCCAACCAUCACACUAGACCUCACAGAAUCAGCAUCCCACGUUAACAGUCCAACUAAUAAUAACCCCUUGAUGCAAUUCUCUCAAAGGUCCGGUUUCGCGGAGUUAAACCAAUCGGGCUUGCCUCAGAUGAUGGGCCAGGCUUUGUAUUAUAACCAACAACAGUCCAAGUUCUCCGGUUUGCAGAUACCAUCUCAGUCUCUGAACGCUGGCGAGAGCGUUAACGCCGCUACUGCUGCUAUGGCAGCCAAUCCGAACUUUGCAGCGGCUCUAGCCGCAGCCAUCACGUCUAUUAUCAACGGUCCGCAUAAUCACCAGAAUGGGAGCAGUAACAGCAGUAAUAAUAAUGUUACGACGAGCAGCGGUGACAGGCAAUAA